GCCUUCCUCAGUGAGGAAACCCCAACUCUCUUUCUUUCUCUCAGCAUAUUUACAGAGAUACUUAUGUAUAUUCCUCUACCUCACUCGAAAAAAUAGCCAAAAGAAGAAUAGUAAUCAUGUCUUCCCCAAGCAAACGCAGAGAGAUGGAUUUGAUGAAACUGUAAUUUAUAAACCAACAUAUGAUUUGUUUCACCAUAAUUUACAAAGUUUCUUGUUAAUUUCAAUUUUUUUUUAUUUUUGGGUGUGGUUAUUUUUGGGUGUUGAUUUUUGUGAACUAGGAUGAUGAGUGAUUAUAAGGUGGAGAUGAUCAAUGAUGGCAUGCAAGAGUUCUAUGUGGAGUUUCAUGGACCCAAAGACUGUCCUUAUCAUGGAGGUGUGUGGAGGAUAAGGGUGGAGCUACCAGAUGCUUAUCCAUAUAAAUCUCCUUCCAUUGGGUUUAUCAACAAAAUUUACCAUCCAAAUGUUGAUGAGAUGUCUGGCUCAGUGUGCUUAGAUGUUAUCAACCAGACAUGGAGCCCCAUGUUUGACCUGGUCAAUGUGUUUGAAGUGUUUCUUCCUCAGCUUCUUUUGUAUCCCAACCCAUCAGAUCCGUUGAAUGGAGAGGCAGCAGCACUCAUGAUGCGUGACCGAACUACAUAUGACCAAAGGGUGAAAGAAUACUGUGAGAAAUAUGCUAAACCAGAAGAUGCUGAUGCUGCACCAGAGGCGAAAUCUUGUGAUGAAGAGCUGAGCGAAGAUGAAUACGCCUGCAGCGAUGAGGAAGUCGCUGGUAAAGCUGAUCCUUAGGGGAGUGAAUUUAUGGACCUUCACUUACCUAUCUGUACAUGAUAUUUACCUCCUAAUGACAAACAUCCCCACUGUUUUUUUUUUUUUAAAAAGGUUUAAUCCUACUGCAUGUUAAUCAAUAGACAUGCCUAAACCAAGAAAUGAGUAGGAACUUGAAUUUUCCAGUUGAUGAGCAACAAAACAACAUCAGUGUGCGAUCAUCACUUUACGAGUUUCUACUUUCUCUUCUUUUUUCUUUAAGGCCUCUCUUAAGGCUUUGAACACUACUUUCCCUAUCCUCUUAGGAUAGAACUUUGUUUAUAGUGUGAAAGUAUGCAUUUUUCCUCCUCAAUAGCUAAUUGUGAGUUCUUCUUGCUCAUGUAUUUGCUUUUGUUUCGUUUACUAGUCCUGCU